AUGAAGUUCUCAAUCAUUCCCGUCGUCAUGGCUGUGACCGUCGCGGCUACUCCCAUAAAGAUCAUUGAAGAUGUCACGCACCUUAUUGGAUGGCACAAGAAGGCGGACAACAAGCAGGCCUGGGGCACCUCUGGUCCCUUCCACUUCACCUCGUCCUACCACAUCGUUGCGACACCUGACCAGGUUGUUGACAACAACAACACCGCAACUGGCGGUCUCGCCGGAGCUAUAGGCUACUACAGCUACGGUAUUAACUCUUGGGAGGAUGUCAUCUGCUACAAUAUUACUCUGGUGAACUUCCAGGGCGAGUACCAGUCUCCUGCCUUGACAGCUACUCAUAUCCACGAGGCACCAAAGGGCCGUGCCGGCCCCCCUCGCAUUGCUUUCCCCAACCCUAAGCCAGUUCCCGGUAGCGCAAACAUUCGUCGCAGCGUUGGCUGCCUCUCUGGUCCUUUCCGCACGGGUGUCAAUGUGACUGGCACUCAGACUGAUACUGGCGAGGGCUUUGCGGUUCGUCGUAUUGAGGAAGACCCCUCCAAGUUUUUUACCGAUGUGCACUCUAGCCUGGCCGUUCCCGGUGCCGUUCGUGGGCAGCUCGAUGAAUACGUCAACCGAAACUGCAACUAG